AAAUCCCCUGGUGGCAACCAUUGGCCCGCAGUGCCGAUCAGUCUGGCCCAAGCUUGACCGUCCGAGUUGACGGGGAAUUGAUUGAUCCUCACUAGUCGAGUCGGUGAUUGAUGAGGCUUUUCGCUUUGCGACCUCUUCCUUCCCUGCUCCUCUUUCCUUGCGGCCCUCCUGUCCCUCCACUCCUUCCACCGGAUUGUCAUCUUGCACUCUCAGUACCCGAUCUGAAGUCGUACCGCUCCACUCCUUGCGACUCUCUUUUGCCUCCCUAGGCCGCUACGCAGGGCCCGUUCAAUCCCAUUCCUGGCCGUCGCUGCCCAUCAUGGUUGGCAAAAAGUCUGGAAAGGCUCUCCUCCGGGAUGAAGGUAUGUUGGUCGUCUAUUCAGGUUUCUGCGACCGUCGUGUUGUCAAUGAUUUAACUCCGGGUUGCAUAUAGGCCUCGAAAGGACGGAUAACAAUAUGGAACUGUCGAACUGGCCGCAGAUUCCCCCGAUCAACCAAAAGAACUAUUAUACAGACUAUCUCAAGCGCGAUGAUCAAUAUCUGGCUUUCAGACUCCAAAAUGAAGAGACGCGAAAUCGAAUGGCCAAAAAUGCCAAAGACCGGGACCGUGCCCUUGCCAUGGCAAAAGCGAACGAUCUAGGUCUGCCCGAGACGGAAGCGGAUGUGGAUGGCGAUGCGAACAUGGAAGACUCGGACGAGUCUAGCUCCGAAGCGAUUGGCUCGAAGGUGAUUGUGAUACACGUCGGCAGUCAGAAUUUGCGAAUUGGCCUCUCCAGCGACGCUUUGCCGAAAACCGUCCCUAUGGUGAUUGCGCGGAAAGCCGCCACGAGUGAAUCGGAAGAUCGGGAUGAGCCUUAUCCCAAACGGCUGAAGCUAGAUGAUGGUUCUGAAAUGGAGCCAGAGAAAAUGUUUGGCCCGGAGUUUGCUUCGCAGUACACUACAAUGUCCGCAGAGCUCAAGGCGCAUAUGCGCCAGAACAAGCGCCGAACUCUUCCGAACUCUAAAGAAAUGGUGAUCAACUACAAUCGAAGAACGGUCCCGGAGACCAUCUCGGAACACAACGAUCCCUCGCGCAUUGAGUGGACGGAGAUCCCCGAUCCGGCGCCGGAAUACAUCGCGGGCCAAGACGCCUUGAGGAUACCGGAUGCCUCCAAGCCUCGCUACAAGCUGUGCUGGCCGAUGAGAUACGGGUGGUGCAACGAGAGAGACUACGAAAGCAAACGACUCAUGUUCCUGGACAUCUCGUUAAUACUGGAGGAGGCCAUCAAAACCCAACUUGGCCUCACGAGUAAGAAGGAAUGGCCCCAGUACUCGUGUGUAUUUGUCAUUCCGGACCUAUACGAGAAGUCAUACGUGUCUCAGGCGCUGGAGAUGCUUAUGAGAGAGUUCGCGUUUGCGCGCACAUGUUUCAUCCAAGAGAGUCUGGCAGCUACCUUCGGUGGCGGGUUCACGUCUGCCUGCGUGGUCGAUAUCGGUGCUCAGAAGACCUCGAUCUGUUGCGUAGAAGAAGGCAUGUGCAUUGAAAACUCCCGGGUGAAUCUGAAAUACGGCGGAUCCGAUGUCACCGAGACGUUCGUCAAGAUGAUGCUCUACGAUCAUUUCCCCUACGCCGAAAUCAAUCUAUGGCGCCGAUAUGAUUUCCUCCUAGCGGAGGAGCUGAAAAAGAACAUCUGCACCAUGAAUGAGGCCAGUGUCUCCGUGCAGGUCUAUGAUUUCCAUCUUCGCGUAUCCGGUCAAGACACCAGCAAAUACACGUUCAAGGCAUAUGAUGAGGUGCAUCUGGCCCCGAUGGGCUUCUUCCAACCGACUAUCUUCGACAAUACUCUGAAGCUCAAGGGACGAAGAAAUUUGAUUUCCCGCUCGGUAGACAUCUACGAUGGUCAACCGAACGAUCCGACAUCUGCAGCUCAGUCCGAAAUCCUGGCCGCCCUUGCUCCUCCAUCGCCCAGCCAGAUCAACGGCGAGAGUCAGCAGAACCCUCUGGAUGUGCAAUCUACGCCAAGCCGCUCGCAACAACUCAAUGCCCUCAGUCGUGUACAGGAACUAGACGCCACUCCUCGAUCCUCCGUGGCCGGCUCCCCCGUCCCCGAGGCUGUCGGCACGCCUCAAGCUGGAGGAACUGGCACCCCCGGUGCCGGCGGGCAAACCCAGAACGUGUCGCACCCGCGAGCGCCGGCGGUUGAAGAACGCGACGACAUUCUCCCCGUCUAUCCGCUUGACAAUGCGAUUCUCACUUCUAUCGCCCAUGCGGCUCGGUCGGAUGAACGUAAAAUGCGCGACUUCCUCGGUGGCAUCAUGGUCGUGGGAGGAGGCAGUCAAAUCAACGGCUUUCAUUCAUUCCUGGAGGAGCGGCUUCAGGCUCUUCGGCCAGGGUUUGCCAAAGAGAUCAUGAUUGGGUCUCCGCCACGAGACCUUGACCCGCAAGUAGUUGUUUGGAAAGGUGCCAGUAUCUUUGGCAAACUGAGCGGCACGAAUGACAGUUGGAUCGGGCAGCUGGAGUACGAUCGGCUGGGCCAUAGGUUGAUGGCCUAUAAAUGCAUGUGGGCCUACUGAAACAGGGCUAGUGCACUUCCUUCUGGUUUGUGGCCACUUCUUUGCCCCUUUGUUCUUUAUAUGAUAAUACUUGACGUUAUGAGAUCCCUUAUUGAAACGCAUUGUACUCCUAGAUGAAUGAUUGGCCAAUUUGGAACUUGUGAAAUGU